AUGUCUGACGGAGUUUUAAAGCCCGAGAAGGACUUCUCGAAGGAGGUUGACCAGCAGCUUCCCGAAGCUGAGAAGCUGGCUGCGUCCGGUAACCUCCAAGGCGCCAUUGAGAAGCUUGCUGCGCUCGAGAAGCAAACCCGACAAGCCUCUGAUCUUGCGUCCACAUCACGAGUCCUGAUCGCAAUCGUAACACUAUGCAAAAAUGCGGGCGAUUGGAGCUUGUUGAACGACCAGACCUUGGUCUUGUCCAAGAAGCACAGUCAACUCAAGCAAGCCAUCACAAAGAUGGUCCAGACCGUCAUGGGCUUCCUCGACGACACUCCCGACCUCAAGACCAAGCUGUCUGUAAUCGAGACUCUGCGGACAGUAACAGAGGGAAAGAUCUUUGUCGAAGUCGAACGAGCCCGUGUCACCAAGAUCCUUUCCGACAUUAAGAAGAAGCAGGGUGAUCUAAAGUCAGCCACCGAGAUUCUUUGCGAGCUGCAAGUCGAGACCUUUGGUUCCAUGGAUCGACGGGAAAAGACCGAAUUUAUUUUGGCGCAGGUUGAGCUCUGCAUUGAGAGCGGAGACUGGACACAGGCUGCUAUUCUAGGUCGCAAGAUCAGCACCCGCUAUCUUUCUCGCAAGCCUAAAAAGACAGCCGAACAGCUUGAGAAGGAGCAAAAGGAGCGUGAAAAGAAGAAGGCCCGCGGCGAGGAGGUACCCGAAGAGAAGGAGGACGACACAACUGAUCUGAAGCUGCGUUACUACGAGCAGCAGAUCAUUCUUGCCAAGCACGAGGAGAAGUAUCUGGAUGUGUGCAAGCAUUAUCGGCAGGUUCUGGACACAGAAGCAGUCGAGGAAGACCCAGCCAAGCUUCGACCUGUCCUGCAACGCAUCAUCUACUUUGUCAUCCUUGCUCCCUAUGACAACGAACAGCACGAUCUUCUCCACCGAAUCCACAAAGAUACACGCAACUCCGAAGUUCCAGCUGAAGCAGAGCUUCUGCGACUCUUUACUGUUCAUGAGUUGAUGCGAUGGCCAGAGAUUUCUAAGAGAUUCGGCCCUCACCUCUGCAGUACCGAUGUCUUUGACGCCCAGCUAGGUCAAUCUUCGGACGACAAAGCUCACCAGCGAUGGCAAGAUCUGCGAAAGCGAGUGAUUGAGCACAACGUUCGAGUUAUUGCCAAGUACUAUACUCGCAUCCAGAUGAGCCGCCUGACUCAGCUACUUGAUCUUGCCGAGGACGAGACAGAGAAGUACAUCAGCGAGCUUGUAACUUCCAAGACCGUCUACGCCAAAAUUGACCGACCCGCACGAAUUGUGAGCUUCGCAAAGCCUAGAGAUGCUGACGAUGUCCUCAACGAAUGGAGUCACAACAUGAAGAGUCUCCUGGGACUAUUGGAAAGAAUUGAUCAUCUCAUCACCAAGGAGGAGAUGAUGGCACGAAUCCAGCCUGCGAAAUAA